AUGAAGCUCACAACUCUCACCGACACAGUCCCGGCUUACAUCGAGCUACUAUCGCCGCAAAUGGUUGAUGCCGCCCAGCCUGAGCAAACAAGUGCGAUAGGCGAGACACGCCCGGGCGACGCACCCCAGCAGAACCAAGAGAAGCCUUCCAAUGGCGCUCCACGAAAACCUCGUCCAAAGCGGCCUAAUUAUCAUGAGAUACAUGCCAAACCGCUUCCAUUAGACGUCUAUGCGUUACCCGCCUUCAUUCCGCACAAUCCAAUCUCUAUCAUACGCCUCGCCAUUGCUCUACUUUCACAGUCAGUGUGGCCUCCCAAAUCACACCGCGUCUCUCAUGUAGCCUACUUUUCUCCGGAAACUCAGUCGAUUCAUAUCACCGACCCAGCUUCUAUCCGAGCCUUGUGGGAGCAGGGCUUCUGGGGCAAAGGCUCACUCAGCCGAAGUGAGCCGCAAUGGCUGGUCGCCGAGAAGCGACGACGAGGCGCGCAGGCGGCAAAGACCAGCACUGAGGUCACACAAUCUAGGCGAGAAGAGCGAAAGCAGUUCAAGCUAGAAAGAGCCAAAGCUCAACGCGAGGCCAUCGAGGAGCAAUUACGUCAAGAAGGCAAACUUGCACCCGAUGCCCGUAUCGAUGAACACGUAAACCCCGAUCCUGAUGGUGCUGUCCCGUCUGAAGAUGCGGCGAAGAUUCCCAUAGUCGAUCGCGUUCCAGAUGGACAGCCGGGAGAGGAUGAUACUGACGCUGGUAUGGAAGUCGAUAUCAUAGACGUUGAGCACCUACAGCUCACCCCAGAGGAGGCUUUCUUUCUUACCUAUGUCCUGGGUGUACUGAAUGUCGUGCUACGCGGCCCGCCCUGCCAUGUCAUGCAUUCCCACAUCACACCAGACAAUUCCUUCCUGCUGAAGUAUGUUGUCUUCCACCAUUUCCGCUCUCUAGGCUGGGUCGUACGCCCUGGUAUCAAAUUUGCUGUCGACUAUUUGCUUUAUAUACGCGGGCCUGCCUUUACUCACGCAGAAUUUGCUAUCAUGAUCAUCCCUUCCUAUUCAGCACCUUACUGGAAUGAGCAACCGGAUGGCGCGACAAAGCCGAGGGGUGCGGAUAAGGAGCAAAAGGAUUGGUGGUGGUUUCACCGGGUCAAUCGAGUGCAAACUCAGGUCAUGAAAACGUUGAUGCUCGUCUACGUUGAAGUACCGGAACCGUGGGACACGAAGUGCAUGGAAAUGGAUGGUUUCAAGAUAGACGUCGGUAGUGUGCUGAAAAAGUACACGGUUCGAGAGGUCGUCUUCAAGAGAUGGAGUCCAAGCCGAAACAGAGAUUGA